GAGAGCUCCUUUCUUUUCCAGCAGGCAGCCGCUUGAAAUCCUUUGCCCCAGCUGCAGAAGGAAGGUAGGUGAGCGUUUUGCAGCAAAAGGAUGCAGCCGGGGAUUGACUUUCUGUGGAGAGCAAGGCAGGCUGGCUUUCCAUAAAGCUUGGCAAGAGAUCGCAGGGCAGCAGCCUUCUACUGAGCCCGACUAGCUCCGUAUUGCCCGCACUGACCGGAAGCGGCCCUUGGGAGGUAUCGGGCACGGAGUCUUUCCCCAGCCCUCCGGGGGCCCUUCUGCAUGCAAGGCGGCGGCUGCCCCCCUGAGCCGCCGCAGCCUUGUCCCUCGGCAGAGCAGAUGGGGCAGCUCUGAGCGUCCUCCCUUGCCCUCCCCUUGGAAAGCCCAUGCACUGUUCCUGCUUCCAGGUGCUGGUGGCGGCCCUGGCGCUGGUGGCCGGCUUGCAGCUGCUCUACUUAGCCCUGCUGUCGGGGCUGCACGGUCAAGAGCAGCGCUCCCGCUAUGCUGAACUUUUCCAGGGACGUCGGCCCCUGCCCAGCGACGGGCACAAAGAGAGGCUCAAGCGGGUACUGGCCAGCGGUGGGGCCCUGGACGCCAGUGGGCAGUACCGGAUCUACCGGGACUUGCUGCUGGGCUCCUGGGACGGCGCGCGCAGCCAGGAUGUGGUGCUGGUCACCCACACCAGCCUGGGCAACUUGCACCACGCUCAGAGGCUGGCGGAGCGCUGGCAAGGCCCGAUUUCGGUGGCCCUCUUCGCGCCGGGCUCUGUCGAGGUCCGCCUGGCCACGGCGAUGGUCUAUGCCCUGGCCGCCCUCUGCGCGCCCAUCCGCCAGCUGGUUCGGCUCCACCUGGUGUGCCACGCCGACCAGGUGGCUGCUUUCCCCGAGCUGCAGGAUCACGGGGAGUUUGCCCACCUCCAAGCCUGCGUGGACGUCUUUGCCAAACUGGCACGGCUAGCUGCCGGCCGGCGGAACUACGCCAUGGAUGUCGCCAACGCCUCCUAUCCGAACAACCUGCUCCGCAAUGUGGCUCGGGAGGCUGUCGGGGGCCACUGGAUGCUGGUGGUGGACAUGGACAUGGUGCCCAGUGAGGGCCUGCGGGAGGCCUUCUUGGCUUUGCCCAGAGCUGCCGACGAAGAGAGGCCGGGGGUCUUUGUCGUGCCGGCUUUCGAGAUCCGCCACACGCGCCGUAUCCCUGGCACCAAGACCGAGCUGCUGCAGCUGUACCAAGUGGGCGAGAUCCGGCCUUUCUAUGAGGAGCUGUGCUCGCGAUGCCAGGCGCCUACCAACUACUCCCAUUGGCUGAACCUUCCGGUCAGCAGCCCCCUGCGCGUGGCCUACGAGGUGGAGUGGCAGGACCCCUGGGAACCCUUCUACAUCGCAGCUAGCUCUGUGCCGCUCUACGACGAGCGCUUCAAGCAGUACGGCUUCAACCGGAUCAGCCAGGCCUGCGAGCUCAACGUGGCAGGCUACCGUUUCUCUGUGCUGAGCAACGCCUUUCUGGUCCACAAGGGCUUCAAGGUAGCAAGAGAGUUCCACGUCCAAAAGGAUGCAGAGAAUCAGCGCAACAAGCUGCUGUUCCGACAGUUCAAGCAGGAGCUCAAGAUAAGGUACCCCAGCUCGCCGCGACGGUGCUGACGUCACGCCUGCCAGGGCAGAGAUGGAGCACGGCCUCUUAUUGGACAGCGAAGGGUGCGUAGUGUUGCGCACUGCCUCGAAAAGAAAUGUCAAGCUCAGGAUGAGAACGAAUUGGAGGGGGAGGAAAGGGGCAUAGUAUCUAGCCGACCCACUCGCGCCAAACGUGUUUGUUGCUGCUAAAAGUAUUUGUGCAUCAUUGGGUGGGUGGGUGGGAACUUAUGUAUGCACAUACAUACACACAUCUUGACCCCUUCAUCAGGUAGGAGAAUUCCCCUCUCCGUUAAGUGUUGUGGGGCUUUUUUUUUUUAACGUUCAGCUUGUUUACCCCAACCUCACAGACAUCCAAAGGGGAAAUUCAGAAGUUCAAGCUUGUUCAAGGAGAAUCAGCAACCCCAGACAACACUACGAGGUCUUCUUGGCUCAGUUCCCAGUUAGUUCGCUUCUGGAGUGAGUGAUGAUAUAAAUCAGGGAUGGGGAUCCUGUAGCCCUCCAGGUGGUGUUGGACUCCCAGCUCCCAUCGGCCCCAGAGAAUGUGGCCAGGGACGGAGGGAGUUACAGUCCUUCAAAAAGUCAGAGUUAAGGUUAAACGCCCAGUUGUGAGUUUACAAAUGUGAAAAUAUUUUUUUUCAUAUUCUAUAUGAUACAAAAUGCACAAAGGACGAAUAUUAAGAAUGCACUCCUAUAUUCUACUUAUAGGCCAAAUGCUAAUUAAAAGUGAGUGAGUGCUCAGACGAAUCAGCCAGACAUGUGUCAACAUAAAGCCCUCUUCAGUGGCCAAACAUUUGUUAAUUCAUAGGCUUCAGUAUAAAAAGUUCAUAACUGCAGUAGAUAUAAAAGUUACCCAAAUGCAAGAUAUUUAAAUCCCCUUCAGUUUCUAGUUCCAGUAGAGACAUCCAAAGAAAGAUGAUAAUUAUUUUAAAAAAUCUUUAAGAAGCCAUAAGGUGGCAUAACUGCAUGUGCCUGCCACAGGUAUCACCACAGGUUCCUCCAUCCCUGAUCUAAACAGUAAGCAGGGGUUGACUUUCAUGGGUGUUCAGUUUUACACAGAGAAACAAUUAUCUGAAAUAGCACAGGAUAGCCCACCCAGUGUUUUUUCGUUCCUGUAGAUGGGGGUUGUUUUCUUAGUCAACAAAUCCUGAGAAAAGAACUUUAAGAUAGCAACCUUUGAAUCUUGAUGCUGUGAACAAUCCUUCAGUUCCACCCUUUCCACUUGCUCAGUUCCUAGUGUUUACAGACAUUUGAUGUGGUUAUUCUGUUCUCCUCCCCACCAGCAUUCUGUAUAAGAGGCCUAUGGAAUAAGGUCUGAUGUUGUAUGGUAGUUAAGGGAGAUGGAUGGAGCCUGAGGUUUGGCAAAAGGAAGUAAGAUCUCAUGGUUUGUAGCAGAACAUCAGCCAAGAUUCUUGUGUCCUGUACCAAUGUUGCUUCUCAAAUCAGUAACCUCAGUUUCUUUCUUCUGUAUAAUGGGAGUAAAUAUACCGAUGUACAUCCUGGGGCCGGAGGGGGGGAGCUUAAUUUGUUUCUUCCCUGAACAAUUACAGUCUGUAAAUGAAUUAAACUGAACCAGUUGGAUUUAAA